AUGGCACGUAAUGCACAGAAAGCUGCUGAACUGCAGGCUGAGAAAGUCCUGUUGGAAGAAGAGCACGAGAGGCUUAUGUCACGACGGAGGGCUGGGAGAAGUGAAGAGGAGUCCUCAGCGAGGGAGCCUAGUGGAGAUCAACAGUUUGGGAAUAGUCGCGAAGGUGGAGAUCGCCUGUGGAGGUAUGAAUCGAGGCGGCACGAUCCGCGUUAUCAGGAUCUAGUGCAUGAGGAUGCGCGCCGCUUGCAGGAGUUAUGUCAUCGGAAAAGGAUGAUGGAUAGGAAGCUGAAGUGGUUGAAAGAGAAUAAUUUGCCUGAUCCGGCUAAGGUGGCGAAGUACAUGACGAGGGUGAAGAGGAGCCAAGAGAAGGAACCUGGAGGGGAAAUGUAUCCACCACCAUUCCAAGUGGAAUCGCCUAAUGUGAGGAAGGAGACGAAGAUGCUCUCACAAGCUGAAAGAGACACGUUGGAAUCGAGAUUGCGGACUAAAAUCCGAGAGGAGAAGAAACUCAAUGUUAGAGUUUUACGACAGAGUGAGCCUGCUGUUGGUGAAGUUAUCACAGAUCCUAUUGCGCGCCAUAGAGCAAUGCGGAAGCUCCGGACUAGGUCCAUCAUUAGCGUAUUGAUAGGAGGUCUAUGA